AUGGACUCCUUUGCCUCCGGCCUUCAGCUGGAAACUGAGUGGCGUCUCGGCUACGCUGGCUACAAGGGCUUCCUUUCCCACCUCUUAGGUCUUGAGUGCUCGCUCCCAGAAGGUGUGACUUGGUGGCAGGAACUACGACUGCGGCUUGACGUGGCCAUCAAGGAUAGAGCCGAGGCAGUUGUGCAACGCAAUGCUAGCGCAAAGACCGCCUGGGCCACGAAGAUGCGCUCCAUCGUCCAAGCCUGCAAGCACCUCAAGGGUCCACAGCUGAAGCAGACUAGCCACUUAGUUGACAGAGACUCCGGCGAGAUCGUGGUGGUUGUCAGUCGCAUGCAUGACAUGUUGUUGAAGGCCUGGCAACCUCUUUUCUCCAUGUGUGCUACUAAACCUGAGCCUGACUGGCACGACUUUGCCAAGGAGUACGCCGCUGAACUGCAGGACUGGCACGCAACUUGCCCUGAUGCCCUCCCUGCCUCGGCUCUUGCGCAUGCUGUUCGUACGAGGGGUGCUGACAAAGUUGGGGGCACUGACGGCUGGGCCACGGCAGAAGGCCACUUACUUCCGGAGGUGUCCUUUUGGGCACGCCAGUCGUGCCUGGAGGCUGUUACGCAGGGCUCUGAUUGGCCGCCUCCCUUGCUCUUCGGCACGGUGCCCUUGCUGCCGAAGAACGACUCGGGACUACCAGAAGACCAGCGACCUCUGACUUGCUUUUCGCUUUGGAACGUGGGCUGGGACAAGGCCACGUAUGCUGCCACGAAGCCCUGGCUGGAUGUCUUGCUUCCGGUGGCAAUGCGGGGCGCGCGUGCCGGGGCCAUGACCAUGGACGUGGCUUGGAUGGUUGCUCUGAUGCUGGAACAUGCUCACUGCUACUCUCAGGAGAAAGCAGGCUACCUCCUUGAUAGGGAGAAAUGCUUUGAUCGGCUCCCUUGGGCGAUCACCUUUGCCUUGGAGCAGCGUGCUGGCUUUCCCAGCUCCUGGUCGCAGGCCGACGCUCGGUUGAAUCGUGACUUGCAGACUGCUUUCCGGCUUGGCCCCCUGAUUGGGCCCUUCUGGAAGUCCACCAACUCCUUUCGGCAAGGGCUUGCAAGCAGUGUCAGGCGAGUUUCCCUCAUCAUGGCCAUCUGGGUCCGACGGCAGUGCCGCAUUUUGCCCAGAUCCUUUGUGGGCAAUUUCUUCGAUGACUGUUUGGUGCUGACCGACUCCCAGGCCGAGCAGCAGCAAUCCAUGAAUGAGAGCGACCUCUUUGACCAGCUGACGGGCCAGAGAAUCGGGCACAAGAAAACUGUCGGCUUUACUGUCCCUUGUGCCGAGCCAGCGUUGAGUUCCCGAGGCCAGCUCCUCAAGCAGGUCACUGUUGACAAGCUCUUGGGUGUGCUCAUCCCGAUGGACAAUCAGCCUGACCGCUCUCUGCAGGACAAGCGAGCCCUCGAAGCACAGACAGAGAUCCACCCCAUUGCCAAGCUCCCUGUGCCCUUGGAGGAGAAGGCUACGUUGCUGGCCCUCAAGACUGCUGGAGCCCGCUACGGCCUAGAGUUAGAGGAACCCUCGGCACAAGUUGCUCACGACUUUGACCAGUGUGUGUUACAGGCUUUGUGUGGGCAGCGAGCGCUCAGGUGCAACCACACCAGCAUGGGCUUGGCUUGGCGGGGCCACAGACUUUUCCUGCAGAUGGCCACACCGUACCAGGCCUUCGACAUGGCGCGCAGGCAACUGCUACGUCUGCCUUUGGCUCAGGAGCUCUUCCGGGAGGUGUGGGAGUUCCGUGACGCUCACUCUUUGUGGGACGAGGCUGGAGUUUGUAGUCACCUUGGGAGACAGUGCCGGAAGCUUCGGUGGUCCUGGGAGGAGCCCUUUACCAUCCAGACCCUCCACGGUAAGCUUGACCUCUGCUGUCCUGUUACAGGCUGGUUCCAACAUGGGCUCCGAGGUGACAUUCGUCAGAGCUUCUUCCUGUUCGUGCCGGACAGGAAAGACCUCCAGGGCAUACAGGCGGGUGUGGACUACGAGGUCACUACUGCUUUGUUGCGGGGCUCCACGUUGGAUGCGGCCCAGCGUAACCGGCUUCGUUUUCUUUGGGAAGGGCGGGUUGCUACUGAGGAGCGGGCCGCCAAGCAUCGAGGUAGCGAUCCGACAUGCCCCUACUGCACCAUGGGAGUCCCUGAGACCUCCUUGCAUAUCUCCCAGGAAUGCCCGCGCUUUGCAGGCCAGCGCGAAGCUUUGCUGGCCCAGACCACUCAAGCUGAACGUGACACCUGGCCACCGUGCUUUUGGAACGCUGGCAUCCUCCCCCUGGAGGUCUCGCUUGUUGAACUACAGCAGCAGGUGCAGCCCUACAGUCUUGAGGACCCUGAGGCCCCGGAGUACGUCAACGGCGAGUUCACUGACGAGUGGUUUCGUUGUGGCAGGUUGGUGGUUGCUGGUGAUGGUGCGUGUACGAACCAAGGUACCCCUCUCGCUCGCGCUGGUUGUGGUGCUUUCUUCGGGCCGGACCACGGCCUCAACUUUGAGUUCGCGCUUGCAGGGCCGGUUCAAGACUCUGACCGGGCUGAACUUCGUGCUCUUCUUCGUGUUGCUCGGUGGACUCCCUGCUUGACUGAGUACCUCUGUGACAACGAGGCUGUUGGCACCGGCUUCGAGAAGCUCUGCCAAGGCUCGGCGCAACCCUGGGCUGAUCACGGCGAUCUGUGGGCUGCUCUUCGCCGGGUUCUGGAUGAACGUGGCUGGGACUUGCUGCACGUCUCCUUCGUCAAAGGCCACGCCGACGUCGUUGACAUUGCUAUCGGACGCGCAACUGCCAAGGAAGCGCGCUGGAAUGAUGAGGCGGAUCGUCGCGCUGUGGCUGGUGCUGCUCUCCAUGCUGUACCGUCUGCUGCCAAGGACCUGUACCGACGACGAGUGGAAGUGACCAAGCUCAUGCAACGCACUCUGCUUAACAUCCACGAGGCGCGGACCCACCUGUGGUCCCAGCGUCAGCUACCGGAGGAUGAGCAGGGCCCGAGACCUGGUGAUGCUGCUGCUGAGCCUCCUGGAGACCCACCUCAAGCUGAUUGUGACCAGGCCCCAGCCAACCAUGACGCCCCACGGCGACUACAAGUGCAGGAUGUCUUUGCCAGACCGCAGACUGCGCUGCCCAGGUACUGUUGGGAGCGACCAGAUGGUGGUGUCCGUUUUGCAUUGCCACCUUUGCCUACAAGGAUUGGCGCUGCUCCUAACGCGCGAGAUCGGCACAAGAACAACCCUGACCACCUCCCUUGGAGGUAUGGCUCCGGGUUCAUUGAGCCCCUCUACUGGUUUUGGGCCAGCCUUGAAUGGGUUGACCAGGCGCCGGCUAACAACGAGGUUGUCAGCACCACGUCGUACUGUGAGCUUGCAAUCGCCUUUCAGCUGCUUACUGGUCUGGUGCCCGAUGCAGACACGACAGCAGGAGGCACUAACAAGCAGAGGGGCCACUUCUUUGCUGCAGCAUCGAAGCGACUGGCCGCCAUUUUAGGCUCCCAGCUUUGCCCUGGUGCCUGUGCGCCUCAACCUGACGUUCUUCGAAGGCUUCGUUUUCAGCACAGCCCUGGAGUUGAAGGCAGGUUCAGCCUGCCCAGCGACUACUGGCAACACUACUGUGCUGUUUGGGUGCGGGCCCACUUGGAGGUCCCUACUGUGGUUGGAGCUCCACGGCAGCUGAAAUGGGUUCCCAACUUUGACCGACCGCCUGAGCCAUUGUGGCGUAGCACUGCCCCGAUUGGCUUUGAGGCUGCAAGGCGCUGGGCCCGUGCUAGAGACCUUGCUGCAGCUUUGGCACGGGUGCCAACUCCGGCUAGUGCAAGUGGCCCGUCAACAGGUCAGCCUCGUGUGUGUCUGCCUACUACAGUGCCUCCUAGCAAGAGGCUCCGUGGCAAGCAAGGCGCUGAAGCAGUUGGAGUUGUUGCGCCUGCUGCUCCUCUACCGAAAGCACGUGCUGCUACUAGGUUGCCUAGGCUUACUGUGGAGGCCCUCACGGAAGCCGAGAAAGCUCAACUCCAGGGCCUCACCGGUGUUCGUAAGAACCAGAUGCUCAAGAUGCUCCACCACAACCGUGAUGCUGUGGAACGUGGCAAGCAUUUCAUCGUCGUUGGGCAUGAAGCUGAUACCAUCGGUCAGCUGAAGUGCAGAGACUGUGCCAUGCAAGGCAGAUGGGCCGAGUGGCCCUACUUUGCCGAGGGUAUCCCGCCUGACCAGCAGCGCCUCAUCUUCGCUGGAAAGCAGCUGGAAGACGGGCGUACGUUGUCAGACUACAACAUCCAGAAGGAACAGCAGUGGUGGGGCUUCUGCGAGGCCGAGGGGAAGAACAACCGGCGGGAUCCGCAGAGGCACACCCUCCACUCCUUGCGGCGGUUCUUUUCGCUGCGGGAGCAGGGGACUCUUCCGAAAAUACGGCCUAGCUCGGGCCAGCCUGACCCCGAGACGCACCAGUACUGGGCCCAGAAGCUCAAAGACGCACUACGGGCGUCCACCGACUUGAAACAGCGCUGGUGGGACUACUGUGACAAGCAACCUGGUGGACUGCGGGAUCCGCACCGUCACUCGACGAAGUCGAUUCAGACAUUCUUCGAAUUCUAUGCCGGGGAGUAUGGUACGCCACCGCUCCUGGCGGCAGCUGCAGCGACGGCGGCUGUGAGUCUUGCCAACGACAAGGAGGCCGCGGCCGUCGCUGCGACGUCGAUUGUCACCUCCAUCACCUUGGCCGGUGGGCAAAAAGCCUACGUGGUCCAGCUGAGGGAGCCUCUGGGGCCUGUGGUCCCGACAGCUGCCGAGACACUCCGUGCGUCUGAGCGGCCCUACCUCCUGCCAACGCCCAAUGCGGCGCUGCCCAUUCCAUCUGUUCCAGCCGCUCCCCCGUUGCUCCUCAUCGGCGGACCCCCGUUGACUCCGUGUCCGACGGCCUCCCCGCUACCGGCGGCCCCGCGAGAACGAUCGCGAACACCGCCCACGCAGCGCGCGUGA